AUGAGCCACGCCCGUAAACAUGUCACAACAAAUGCGUUGAACUCGAGCUUUAUGCCAGAGGACGAUCAGUCCAUUGUAAAGAUCAUUGAUCUUAGAGGAGGCAACAUCGUCGAGGUACAGUAUCCAGACGGCGCCACUGUGUUGGCAAUGAUUCCAACAAAGUUCAAGGGCAAACUAUGGAUCAAGUUGGGCAACUAUGCUAUCGUCGAGCGCGAAGAGGAGACCACCAGCAAGGUCAGAACCUCAAUCGUACAUCUCAUCUCAGCCGACAACCUAAAGUAUAUGAAGAAGCAAGGUAUUUGGCCAAGCGAGUUUGAUGAUGUUGUACAGAAACAAACAUUAGUUCAAGAGGAUAAUGGAGACAGCGAUAGUGAUGGUGGACUUGACAGCAUGGGAUUCAAUCCAAAUCAUAGAGGUGUUCAAGAUGACAGCGAUGAUAGCGAUGACCAAGACGAGGAAUAA